GUGCACCGCCCCCUCCGCCCUCCCUCGCUCACCCCGUCCAGCUUCAUCCGCAGGGGAGUCUCGACCAGGCUUGCCAGGGCGCCCCCAGCCCCUCCCGAGGCCGCGAGCGUCCCCGCCGCGGUGCCCGGCCUCCCCUCUCAGCCUGCAGGAACAAAACCUGGUAACUGCGAGUGGAGCUGAGACCCCGAGCGGCCUGAGGAGGGAGGAGGCGGCCGCUCAGCUGCGACAGGGUCUGGCCGGCGCCCUCCCGAGGGGGCGCAGGAGGAGGAGGGAGGACCCGCGCGAAGAUGCGUCUGCUCUGGGGUCUUGCGCUACCGCUGCUGCUCGCCUGGUUGGCAGGUGGUUUCGGCAACCCGGCCAGUGCAAGGGAUCAUGGAUUGUUAACAUCGGCACAUCAGCCUGGGGUCUGUCACUAUGGAACUAGACUGGCCUGCUGCUACGGCUGGAGAAGAAACAGCAAAGGAGUCUGUGAAGCUACAUGCGAACCUGGAUGCAAAUUUGGUGAGUGCAUUGGACCAAACAAAUGCAGAUGCUUUCCAGGAUACACUGGGAAAACCUGCAGUCAAGACAUGAAUGAGUGUGGAAUGAACCCCCGGCCAUGCCAACACAGAUGUGUGAAUACACACGGAAGCUACAAGUGCUUUUGCCUCAGUGGCCACAUGCUCAUGCCAGAUGCCACGUGUGUGAACUCUAGGACAUGUGCCAUGACAAACUGUCAGUACGGCUGUGAAGACACAGAAGAAGGGCCACAGUGUCUGUGUCCAUCCUCAGGACUCCGCCUGGCCCCAAAUGGAAGAGUCUGUCUAGAUAUUGAUGAAUGUGCCUCUGGCAAAGCCAUCUGUCCCUACAAUCGAAGAUGUGUGAACACAUUUGGAAGCUACUACUGCAAAUGUCAAGUUGGUUUCAAACUGCAAUAUGUCAGUGGCCGAUAUGACUGUGUAGAUAUAAAUGAAUGUACUCUGGAUUCCCAUACGUGCAGCCACCAUGCCAAUUGCUUCAAUACCCAAGGGUCCUUCAAGUGUAAAUGCAAGCAGGGAUAUAAAGGCAAUGGAUUUCGGUGUUCCGCUAUCCCUGAAAAAUCUGUAAAGGAAGUCCUCAGAGCACCUGGUACCAUCAAAGACAGAAUCAAGAAGUUGUUUGCUCACAAAAACAGCAUGAAAAAGAAGGUAAAAAUUAAAAAUGUCACCCCAGAACCCACCAGGACUCCUACCCAUAAGGCAAACUUGCAACCCUUCAACCAUGAAGAGAGUAUUUCCAGAGGUGGGAACUCUCAUGGAGAUAAAAAAGGGAAUGAAGAGAGAAUGAAAGAGGGGUUUGUGGAGAAGAAAAGAGAAGAGAAAGACCUGAAAAAUGACAUAGAGCAGGAGCGAAGCCUGCGAGGAGAUGUGUUUUCCCCUAAGGUGAAUGAAGCAGGUGAAUUUGGUCUGGUUCUGGUCCAAAGGAAAGCGCUAACUUCCAAACUAGAACACAAAGCAGAUUUAAAUAUCACAGUUGACUGCAGCUUUGAUCAUGGGAUCUGUGACUGGAGACAGGAUAGAGAAGAUGAUUUUGACUGGAAUCCUGCUGAUCGAGAUAAUGCUAUUGGCUACUAUAUGGCAGUUCCGGCCUUGGCAGGUCACAAGAAAGACAUUGGCCGAUUGAAACUUCUCCUUCCUGACCUGCAGCCCCAAAGCAACUUCUGUUUGUUCUUUGAUUACCGGCUGGCCGGAGACAAAGUCGGGAAACUUCGAGUGUUUGUGAAAAACAGUGAUAAUGUACUGGCAUGGGAGGAGACCACAAGUAAGGAUGAAAAGUGGAAGACAGGGAAAAUUCAGUUGUAUCAAGGAACUGAUGCUACCAAAAGUAUCGUUUUUGAAGCAGAACGUGGCAAGGGCAAAAUCAGUGAAAUCGCAAUGGAUGGCGUCUUGCUUGUUUCAGGCUUAUGCCCAGACAGCCUUUUAUCUGUGGAGGACUGAAUGUUACUAUCUUUAUACUUGACUUUGUAUAUCAGUUCCCUGUUUUUUGAUAUUGCAUCAUAGGACCCCUGGCAUUUUAGAAAUACUAGCUGAAAAAUUGUAAUGUACCAACAGAAAUACUAUUGUAAGAUGUCUUUCUUGUAUAAGAUAUGCCAAUAUUUGCUUUAAAUAUAUCACUGUAUCUUCUCAUUCAUUUCUGAAUCUUUCCACAUUAUAUUAUAAAAUAUGGAAAUGUCAGUUUAUCUUCCCUCCCCAGUAUAUCUGAUCUGUCUACGUGAGUUGCUGAGCUUCUGUCUACAACAUUUCUAGAAUUUUUUUUUAAAAAAAAAGCACAGAGAAAUGUUUAACUGUUUGACUUUUAUGAUACUUCUUGGAAACUAUGACAUCAGAGACAGACUUUCACCUAAGUGACUUAGCUGGAUCUUUCAUAGCCAAGCUUGUAUACUUAAAUUCUUUGUAAUAAUAAUAUCCAAAUAAUCAUCUUGUGUCAUGGUUUAAUUUUUCUAA